CCCCGCCGCCCUCACACCCGCUAAGCUCACCAUCGCGAAGACUGGAGAGCAGCAGCAACUACUGCAGCCUCGUCAAGAUGUCGGACAAAAAGGAAGCUCCGAUCACCAACAGGCCCAGAAACCUCCGCCCGUCGCGACUACUUCCGGGGCGAGGGGCGGAGCUACGCCAAGGAAGUGCUGGGGCUGCGCUUUCGCUCUCUCGCCAAAGGCUCGAUGGCGGAAGUGAACGCCAGUGUCUGAGCCGCGCACUCUAGAUACUGCCCCUUGAUUGUUGGACUGCAGUUAGUUAUGAAGCAAAGGGCUCUCCUGGCCCUGAGAAGUAGAGCAGUCCUGAUGACUAGCUGUCCAGUACCACUAGCCCCAGGCGUGUAGCCUCGAAUGCGCAAGUGCCGCAAAUAGCAAGCUGCGGGGCUAGGAGGAGAAAGCUGGGGUGCUGGCCGAGGCGUGUGCUGUGACGGCGGUUCCGGGGCGGGAUUUCGUGAAGAGGCUGGACGCGAGUUUCUGAGCGACGGGGACUGCAAUGGCGAUUUUUAGCGUGUAUGUGGUGAACAAAGCUGGCGGCUUAAUUUACCAGUUGGACAGCUACGCGCCACGGGCUGAGGCUGAGAAAACGUUCAGUUACCCUCUGGAUCUGCUACUCAAGCUACAUGACGAGCGUGUCCUGGUUGCCUUCGGACAGCGCGAUGGCAUCCGGGUGGGCCACGCAGUGUUGGCCAUCAAUGGUGUGGACGUGAACGGCAAGUACAUGGCCGACGGGAAAGAGGUGCUGGAGUAUCUGGGUAACCCUGCUAAUUACCCGGUGUCCAUUCGAUUUGGUCGACCCCGCCUCACCUCCAAUGAGAAGCUCAUGCUGGCCUCCAUGUUCCACUCGCUUUUUGCCAUUGGCUCCCAGCUGUCUCCUGAACAGGGAAGCUCAGGCAUUGAGAUGCUGGAGACAGACACAUUCAAACUGCACUGCUUCCAGACACUGACAGGGAUCAAGUUUGUGGUGCUGGCAGAUCCUAGGCAAGCUGGAAUAGAUUCUCUUCUUCGAAAAAUUUAUGAAAUUUAUUCAGACUUUGCCCUCAAGAAUCCAUUCUACUCCCUGGAAAUGCCCAUCAGGUGUGAGCUGUUUGACCAGAACCUGAAGCUCGCUUUGGAAGUGGCAGAGAAAGCUGGGACUUUUGGACCUGGGUCAUAGGUUAAACCUAUAGUUGCACCUGCCCCCCCCCCCCCCCGCCCCAAAUUCUGAGAGAUCCUAAAGCAUGGGUUCUAUUGUUUCCACUCCAGCAGAGGUCCCAGCAGCCUUGAUAGUGUACUUGAAAAUGGGAGGAUGCUGAUGUCUUAUACUGAUCCCUGAGCCUUAAUGGUAUGCUCUCUUCCUUUCUGUAUAUGUUAUGGUCCUACUUCCCAACUCUGUACAGAUUUAUUUAUGGAGGAGGUAGUCCAUAAGUGCUAUAAUAAACAUUCCUUUGAUCCAG